ACAGUGCGCGCCUUAGGCGUGAUCAAAUAUGCGACCAAAGUGCAUACUUAAUGGAAAAUGGGUGGUUCUCGAAUAUUUCUAAAUGCAUCAGUUUACAUUACGCAUGUGCUUUAAUAUGUGGUGUUCUCGAUGAUGGUUGAAAAUAUCAAAAUAAUUGUAUUAGUACUUUCCCUUGCUUUAUUUGUGUUCAGAUAUUUGUGUGUCUUCCAUUUUUACGGUAUAACCAUCGCUGCUUUUAAGAAAGCUUAAUUUAUUUAUAAAAGUGUACAUCAAUAUAAAUAAGAAAACACUCUUUCUAAAUUUGAAAGUAACGGUAGCUCUAACGCAGAACACUGUCUAAAAUUAAACAAAUGGCAUUUCAAGAUAAACGGCGAUAUGAAUGGGUUAAACCCAUCACUACCGAGUACCGAUGACGUCAGAUACCGAUAAGUAUACUAAAGUAUUGAGGGUGGGGUCGUCACUCGGCAGAUAUGCGUUUUCUCCAUGGAUUCUUCAUGGUUAGCCUGGGUUAGUCAGAGAGUGACCGUCAAACAUACGUUCUCGAAAGUGAUUCCUUCCACUCUUAUCGCAACCGUACAUGUGGUCCAGUUGCCGGAAGUUCUUUACGAAUUUUCCGGUCAAUUUUCCAAAUAUGUGCCCAGACUAAACAAAGUGUUGGUGCAAGUGCUAGUGAAAUUUAUAAAGUGAAGAAAUAGGAUAAAACAUGGGACUGACAAAUCCCAUUGGGCGGCAGCUCUUGCUCAUCUUGGCUCUUCUCUCAGGUUCAAUGGGAUUAAGACCGAAGAUGGAACCAGAUCAGGAUGAGAUUUUCAUAAACGAAGGCGAAAUAUUAGAACUGAGAUGUCGUAGUUCUUCCAAGAUGAAAUUUAUUUACCCUGAGAGUGAUGAUUUAGUGAAGAAUAUAAUUACUUCAAACUUUACGUCAUCAGAAGGGGAAUACCAUGAGCAAGAAUAUUCUUACUUUCAUGAAUUUCGGCGUCCUGAAACUGUUGUUGGCGACACUGGGUGGUACGGUUGUGCAGAUGUGAACGUAGCGACCCCUGAUAACCUUGGUGAAGACCCACAGUUUGCCUGGAUAUAUGUUUACGUCAAAUCUAAAACAAAAUUAUUCGUCCAAGAAAACGAUUCUCAUUUCAUGCGAAUUAGUCGCGGAAACGAUGCAAUAAUACCAUGCAGGCCUACUUCUCCCGAUAUAAACAUAACGAUAUCAUUUGCAGCGGAUGGGGAAGUACAUGAGGAAAUGCAGUCAACAUUUGAUCCACGGGUUGGAUUUAGACUUAAUAAUCCUAAAUUGAAGGAUAGCGAACUUUAUUCUUGUACUGCGAUAAAUUCAGAUGGUUUGAAUCAGACUUUCACGGUUCAUGUUACAGUCAUGAUGGAAGCAACAAUAGAACAUCUUUCAAUUUCUCCCGUCAUUCCAAGUCACGUCGUUCGUGGUCAGGAUUUCUCCAUUAACUGUACUGCGACUCUAACGAAAUCUGAUGCAUACUCAGUAAAAUGGUUCACACGUGUUGGGGAUAAAUUUCAGCUUGUAAAUACGACCAGGAAAUCACAAAGUAUCUGCAAACCUGAUAAUAGAUUACAUACGACAAAAUGUACCACUGUAUUAAGAGUAAGAAAUUCGACAGAUAAUGACGCAGGAAAAUAUUAUUGCAGAGCAACAACGAGUAGAACUAACACGAAAACAGCGCAAACAUCCAUAGAAAUUCACGACCCCCAGUACGGUUUUCUAAGUCUGCAUACUGAGGUUCAGGAAAGAGAACAUGUUGCAAAUCAGGGAGAUGCUGUGCAGUGGAUCGUAGGUAUACACGCCUAUCCAGCACCUGUAAUUCGUUGGACAUAUUCUUUGGGAAAUGGAUAUUCGAUCCCCAUAUAUGAUUCAAGUAAACUUAGCCCACAAUUGUCAUCAUAUACGAUUCUUACGGAUAACGAAUUUACAUCCACAACGUUUUUCAAGGAUAAAUUAAUACUCAGAAAUAGUGGUAACUUCACAGUGGAAGCUACAAACGCAUACGGAACCGACAGUAUCACUUUCACUCUUCUCGUCAGAAUGAUGCCCAUAAAUGGUAUUAAGAAACCAAAAUCAUAUUACGCCCCAAAUGAAGAGGUGCAGAUUAGAAAUGAAGUAGAAGGAUAUCCAGCAGCUACUGUGAACUGGACCUAUCUUAAUAGCCCUAAUUAUCCGUCUCCAAAAGGAUCCUAUACUGAAAAUCUUUCGAAUUGGACAUUAAUAGAAGACUCCCCUAUUAAGUCAGAAUCGGUGGUAAAGUUUAGAGUCAAAAUGACUGGUAAAGUCAUCUGCGAAGCUUGUAAUGAACUAGGCUGUGAUAGAAAAGACGAAAUUAUUUUUGUUUCUGAUGGUAACACAGAGGGUUUCGGAAUCAUUGACUUUAACUACCCUGAUAUCACUGACGGAGACGAAAUAAAGCUAAUUUGUACCGCUUCUGUUUAUAACUACACUAAUGAGUUCACCUGGAAACAUCAAGAUAAAAUACUGGAAGAAAGUGAAAGGGUCAAGAUUUCUAGCGAGUCGACUAAAUUCACUCAUCGUUCAAUUGUCUCUCUAACCAAUUUGACAAUGACAGAUGCAGGAGAAUAUGCCUGCAUAGGAAAAUCUAAAGACGGUCACGAAGAUACUAGUUACAAUAAUUUGAAAUUAGCUGUACCAAUAGAAGCAAAAAUCACGGAAAAUAAUUUAAAUGGUUCUACGGCCAAUUUCGACUUAAGUGUAAUGGGGCACAAAACUAUUAUACUGACAUGUAACGUGACUGGCAUGCCUAAACCCACUAUCUCGUGGUACAAGGAUGACAAUAAGAUUAUAAAAAAUGAUCAAUACUUUUUUAAACGAAAUGACCAAGAACUGAACAUUAAGUUUCUCGAGAACAAUGAUACUGGGAAGUAUAUGUGUCGAGCCGAGAAUCGUUUUGGGAAAGAUGAAAAAUUUAUUAACUUCGAAAUUAAAGCUUCAUUAAAGCCAGUAAAGGACAUUUCUAAAUACUGGAUUAUUGCAGUCGUAGCUUUAUUAAUUCUCUGUUGCAUACUCACAAUUUACUUCUGCAUCAAAAUGCGUCGUGAGAGGAAUAUACGAAAAGAGUUAAUGGAGGCUGGUUUAAUGCACUUCGAGGAAGGUGCAUUGGAAUGUUUAAAUCCAGAGUUGACACUCGAUGACCAGGCGGAGUUACUCCCUUACGAUAGAAAAUGGGAAUUCCCUCGAGAAAGACUAAAACUUGGAAAACAAUUAGGCUGUGGAGCUUUUGGGGUGGUUAGAAAGGCUUUAGCGCGAGGCAUAUUGGAUGAUGAAGAAAUAACGACUGUUGCAGUAAAAAUGGUACGGCGAACAACAGAUCCUACCUAUAUUAGAGCUUUGGCUAGUGAACUCAAAAUUAUGGUCCAUCUUGGGAAACAUCUGAAUGUUGUCAACCUGCUUGGUGCUUGUACGAAAAAUAUUUCAAAACGUGAAUUGCUUGUUAUCGUUGAAUACUGUCAUUAUGGAAAUUUGCACAAUUAUUUACUACGCCAUAGAGAUGAUUUCAUCAAUCAAAUAGACCCAAUUACAGGAAAACUGGAUGUCAACAUUGGCAGUGAUAUUCUCAGUAAAGCUUCGAAUUAUGAUGCUGAAAAUCGGAUAAAAUAUGCGGCAUUGUCCUUUUCUCGCAAUCUUAGUCCUAAUUCGGAAAAUACUCUACCCGGUACCGAGUCCGUGAUUUAUAGUCAGGACUCCCAAGGAGUUUCCAUGGCAACUGGAGAUUUCAGCAUGAGCAAUGAUUCCUGCCAACCCGAUUGGAGAACGAAUUAUCGAGGUGACUAUAAGGACAAAAAUUUAAGGCCCAUCUGCACGCAGGAUUUGAUAUCCUGGGCCUUCCAGGUGGCUCGCGGGAUGGAGUAUCUUUCUAAAAGGAAAGUUUUGCAUGGAGAUCUUGCAGCGAGGAAUAUAUUACUAGCAGAAAACAACGUUGUAAAGAUUUGCGAUUUUGGUUUAGCAAAAACAAUGUACAAAGAUAGUAAUUAUAAAAAACAAGGUGAUGCGCUUUUGCCAAUUAAAUGGAUGGCAAUUGAGUCUAUUCGAGACAGGGUAUUUUCCACGCAAUCAGAUGUCUGGUCUUUUGGUAUAGUAUUAUGGGAAUUUUUCACAUUGGCACAGACUCCUUAUCAUGGUAUUGAUGCUGAGACACAAUACCAUAGACUAAUUGAAGGAUACAGAAUGGAACUGCCUGAGUAUGCUACACAGGAUAUAUAUGACAUAAUGCUCAAAUGUUGGAAAGCAAAGCCAACUUUAAGACCUUCAUUUUCGUACCUUGUGGAAAGCAUCGGCGAAUUGUUAGAAGAAAGUGUGAAAAUGCACUACGUGGAUUUGAACACACCUUAUGUAGAUAUGAACACUAUUAUUUUGGAAGGAAAGAAUGACUACUUAACAAUGAUGACGGCUCCUGAUCAUGCAGUACUUUCAUCUCCAACUCACGAGUACGUCAACUCUCCAUGUUUGCCAUCAGAAGGACCUGGAGAUUCUGCCUACCUCAGAGUGAGUGCUUCAGGCAAUGAUGAUUUAAUUUUCAGUCCUCGACAUGAUUUCAACCACACUCACUUCCAAUUUCCUUUACCACCUGAUAAAAAAUCGCUACGUGAUUCUGACUCUGAAGACAUGGAGUCUGAUCCAAUGCUUAAGGAAGAAGAUGACCCUUACCUCAAACCUAUUAACAUCCGCGCAAAAAGAGCCAGAUUCGUUAAAGAAAGACAAUCCAUGAGAGAUAAGCCUGUAGUGAAACCUGAUCUUAAUUUGGACUACUCCAAUACUCCUAAUUUUCGAUGUCUAGAUACAAAAAAAGAUGAUGAUGAUCAAGAUAAAUCAAAUGGAAAAUUCGUUUCUUCUAUUAUUAGGACGCAGGAUAAUUAUGUGAAUAUGCCGAAGCAGAAGAGUGAUUUAAGGAGAGAUGUUCCUGAUGGAUUUAGCAAUCCUAGUUACAUAUUCAUGAACAAGAAGGACGAUGAAACAACAGUUUAAAAGCCUGUUAUUUUUUGAAAAUUUAAGAACUCUGUAAAAUUGGCAUAUAACGUGAUUUUAGGAACGCAUAAAAUAAUUAUGAAAAGAUACAAUAAUAAGAAGUGAAAAAUGAUUAAAAUUGAUGUAAAAAUAAAAAGUACAAACGAAACUGGAUAUAUAUAAUAGGAGAAAGUUGAGAAUCGAAACACACAAAUACGCGAAAAGAGUAAAAUAAAGAACAAAGCGCGAUAAAAAGGAUUAUGAUAAUACUGUAUAGUAGAAAGAAACAGAAGAGGAAGAGAAACAGCAUAAAAAUGAAGAUAGGGACAGUGAAAUUUAUAAAUUCAUGAUUAGACUGAAGAAGUGUAACCAAAAUAUUUUUGAAUCAAUGAGCAUAAUGAAGGUAGGAUAUCGCAGAACAAAAUGGACAAAAACAACUAAAGUUAAGGAAAUCUAUGUGUUGUUGUUCAAUAAAUUUGCAGUUCUCCUAUUCAUGCACGCAGCGAUGAAAAUACAAAAUGAUCAUGAAAAAAGAUAGAAUAGAAAAACUUUAGGUGAGAAAUUACUUAAAAAAGGAACUAUUACAAAGUAAGUUUAGCAGCAAUAUAACUUACUUUUUAGGGAGAAAGAACCUUUAAAAACGUAAGUCCAGUAUGGCUACAAACUUUUCUGAAGUAAGAAAUAUUUUCAACUCUUGCUUAAUUUGCAAUGAUAAUUUUUUAACUUUUAAGUUUGAGCCAUUCUUGUUCUCAUUGAACUCAUUCUAAUUUUAAUAAUUUUUAUAAUAAUUUAUAAUAAUUUUACUUCUAAAAUAUUUACCUUCAAAAGUGGCUUGCAAUUGGAAUUGAUUUGCAUUAGAUCCUUUUUUUCUUUGACAAUUACUAGCAUACUUUCAUAUUCCAUUACUGAUUUUAAUAGAUUAAAAGCUUUUACAAUUAAAACCUUGUUAAUGUUGAAAUUUUGAGUUGCCAAAGAAUGAAUUUGAGUUAGUUUUAAGUAAUUUCUUAACCCAUUGUUCUUUUGUCAAAUCUGAUGAAAAUACAAAAAAAAAUGGAAUGAAAACAACAGCAAGAAAACAUAUAUAACCGUUGAAGAUUUCUUUUUAUGCUCAGUCUCUCAAAAGAAAGAGGCAAAAACUUUUUUUUAAAGUGCCUCCACAACGAAGAGAGCGAAAGUGCCAUUAGAUAUAAUUUCUUUAUACGUAAUAACAAACUUUAGGGGGUUCUCAUCAAGGGACCAAAUUCACUACUAACAAAGAGUGGCUGUGAGAUUUAGUGAACGAAUGGAAGCAUGUGUUUACAUUUUUUUAACAUCGCAUUAUUCAUUAGUUAUAUCAAGAAAGAGAAUCUGAUUCUUCAAACACCAAAUGUUAGAAAAUCAACUGAUGAUUAUAAAUCUCUGUAAUCAGUUGUCAUGAGCCAAGUUCAUCAGCUGAUUAUCAGUAAAACAACUUAUCCUUUGAUUAUUUUGAUUAUGUACAGCAAGCUAAUAAGCCUACUUAAUAAAAAAAGAUACAAGCCAGUGAUGUAGCGAAUAUGUACUUAAAGAGAGUUUUUAAGAAUUUUCAAAUUCUUCCAGAAGAUUAUAUUCUACUUUCUCAAAAACUGUUUAGAAAACUUAAAAAUUUUUAAAAAUAAGCUGCUUUUUUCGGAUCUUACAAAGAUAAAACGCGAUUUCUGAACUACUCGUUUUUUCACAAGUAUGUCUGAGAUAAAUUCAUGAGAGUUUGUAAAUCAUUCACUCUAUUUAUUUUAAUGAAUUUUUACUUUUAGUUCUUAAGCUUAUUUGAUGAACAGAUUCAUAUCAUAUAAAUUUACCAGAAUCGAAUGUACUUAAUAGUCUUUUUCGAGAGCUUAAUGUAUGAUUGAGAGCGCGUAGAUAUAAUACAACUAUAGUUUCGAGUAAAUAAAUGUCUUAAUGUAAACUCGCCUAGCUUGAGUUUAAACAAUUUAACUUAAUGCAAUGAAAAGUAGAUUUAAAUGCUGAGAUUUUUACUCCUAAUGUAUUGGAAGUUUUGUACCUACAAAGAUCGACUUUAUUAGCCAUAAGUUUUGUACGUUAUUACAUUUAUGAAGUUUAAUUAUGUAUCGAGUGCUGUAAAUAAGAUGAGAA